AUUGUUGCUAACUCACCUUUUCACCCCUUUACCUCACAGGUGUAUCUGUCUGUAUCUGUCUAUCCAACAACCAUGAAGACUGUAGCUCUGUUCCUUGCUCUGGCAGUCAUCACUGGCUGCAAUGCCCGUGCUGUGAGCAAGGCUAAUGCCACCCCAAAUGACUGGGAGAAAACCGUGGAUCAAUUCUGCCUGUAUGUCUCUGAUGUGAACCAGAAAGCUGGUGGAGUGGUGCAGGAUCUCAAGGUCUCUCAGCUCAGCAAGGAGCUGGACACUCUAAUCACUGACAGCAUGGCAGAGCUGGCCACAUACAGAGAUGACAGCCAGACCAAGAUUGUCCCCUUCACCAAAACCUCCCACAGUCAGAUGUCUCAGUACCCCCAAGCCCUGUCCACCAAACUCCAGAAGGACAUGCUGGAUACCAAGGGACACGCUGUCAAGUACCUGCAUGAGCUCAAGACCCUGAUGGAUCAGAACAGAAAUGAUGUUCGCCGCCAAAUCAACACCUACGCCAACAAGCUGAAGUAUCACCUGAACAGGGAAACUGAUGAGAUUCGCCACACCGUGGCCACCUACCUGGGUGAGCUCCAGUACCGCACCUCCCACAACUUGCACUACCCUAAGCCCUACGUCAAGCAGGUCAGUGACACGGCCAACAAGCAGAUGAGUGACAUCACCACCCUGCUGCACACCCAGGCUCAGGGCUUGGGCCAGCAUCUGCAGAACCAGGCUCAGGGCAUCAGGACCCACGUGGGGGCUGUCGCAGAGAGUCUGCACACCAACCUGGAAGGCAAGAUGCACGACCUCACAGGGGUGAGAGAUGACUCCCCUUACGCCACCAAUGUCCGUGAGCAGAUCAAGAACGUCAUGCAGGUCAAGCAGCCCUCCAAGUCCUAA